GAGAAAGAUUUCGGUCACAUGGUCGUCAAACUUUUAUCAAUAGAUUUUUUAAAAGUUUGUUAAUAUUUGAAUUGAAUUGUUCGCGUAAUUAGAUUUUAUUGUAAGUGCUCGUCUAUUGAUUUUUGUGCGAGUGCAGUGCAAUAAACCCGGUAUUUAGUUUUAUAUCAACUUAUUUUGUGAUGGGAAGAAAAAGAAAAGUAGAUGAAGAUGACGGACAGUACGAUCCGCCUUCCUCACACUUAUCGGUUAGCCAUAUCGCUAAACAAGAUAAACGAUUGAUAAUUGUUUUGGAGAAGGCUCAACUGGAAUCCAUAAAGGCAGGAAAGUCAUUCGAACUACUGAAUUGUGACGACCAUGUUAAUAUUUUGAAGAAAGAAAAUAAACAACCUGGUUUAUGCCGUCCCGAUAUUGUACACCAAUGCUUGCUCAUGUUACUCGAUAGUCCUUUAAAUAGAGCAGGUUUGCUUCAGGUAUUUAUUCAUACAGAAAAAAAUGUUCUUAUCGAAGUUAGUCCACAAACCAGAAUACCGAGAACGUUCAAGAGGUUCGCAGGAUUAAUGGUUCAGUUACUUCAUAAAUUCAGUGUCAGAGCGACGGAAACCUCUAUAAAGUUGCUGAAAGUGAUUAAAAAUCCGGUCACUGACCACCUUCCGGUUGGAUGCCGUAAAUUAGCUACUUCGUACUCUUCUGAUAAAUUAGUUGAUCCGAGAAAUCUUGUUCCUGAAAAUGACCCAAUAGUGUUCGUUGUUGGAGCUAUGGCACAUGGACAAGUUGAUGUGAAUUAUACCGAAGAAACCGUAUCGAUCAGUAACUAUCCUUUAUCUGCAGCACUCGCUUGUACUAAAUUAUGUAGCGCUUUUGAAGAAAAGUGGAAUGUUAUGUGACAACUUUUCAACGUGUUUUAAACACGACGAACGAAAUAUUUCCGUAAAAUGUAAAGUUUAAUCGAAGUGAAUGCUCGUUUUAGUAUGUAUACUGAAGAAUGACCCUGCAAAACUAAUCUCUUAUUGGAAUCGCAAUUCUGCAAUUUGAAAUUUUUUAUGCAAGAAACGCAAUGAUUGAGGUAGAAGACAUGAAAUGUGUAUACUUAGCAUUUAGUUUACUACUGUGAGGAGGUUCUUCAUUAGUAGGCUACUCAUUUUUCAGGUAAAUGAGUUCGUAUUUUGUGAGUUCGACUUUGAAUAAGCACUGGGCAGUGUUGUUGAUUAAUUCAUAACUAGUAUUUUUUUCCCUAUUGAGUUGUAAAACACAAAAUUUGCAUAUAAGAUUUUUUUGAUAAAUACUUAUUAAGGUUUAAUAGAAUAACCAUUUUUGAGCCUUUGAAUAAAAAUAUAAAAAUGCUUUGAUUUAAAAGUUGUAAUUACAGCUUUAGAGACUAGUCAUAGCUGGAGGUCUUGCGUAAGCUUUUGGAAUAAAACCACAUUUUCUGGUUUUAGGGGCAUAUGCCCAUAACCAACCAUCCAAAUUUUGUGUAUUAAAAUCAGCAUAAAUCCAGUCCCCUCUUCUUACUGAUAAAUCAUCAGGAGCUUGCGCCUGUGGAAACAGUAAAUAGAUUCUUAAAAUUAUAGUAUGUAAUUGAAUGAUAUUAAUUCAAUGAAUGUGCAAAAAUAGACUAAAUAUAGGUUACCUUGUAAUCAUACAACAUCACGAGUUCUGUUCCGUGA